UAUCUUCACGGUGUUGUUGCCGGAACGAGCUUUUUUUUAUUGCGUAUCGCUAAAGUUACGAAAUGGCUGCCGUAAAAACUGAUCCGAAUAUCGAGGAAAACGAGGAUGAAAACGACGAAAACCGAGAAAUAGAGGAUAUCGAAGGAGACGCUGUCAACAGUGAAGCCGCCAAGAAGAAAAAAAAGAAGAAGAAGAAAAAGAAAACCGGUACAGAUGAUGCAUUAUCUGAAAAACAACCAGAAACUAAUGAAGAAAAAUCUCAUGCAGAAAACGGUGUUGAAUCAAUUGACACAAACGAAAAUGAAACCGAAGGAGACAAGAAAAAACGUAGACGUAACCGUAAAAAAGGCGGUGGUGGUUCAAAAGGUGGCCAAACAAAUCCACCUUCAAUACCAAUCGUUGACCUUUUCCCAGAUCAAGUUUUCCCCGAAGGGCAAAUAAUGCAGUAUGCUACUAAUAAAGAUGAUCGUUCAGCUAAAGAUCGUUUCACAUCCGAAGAAAAACGUGCCAUAGAUCGUCUUAAUAAUGACAUAUACAAUGAAGUAAGACUUGCAGCGGAGGCGCAUCGCCAAACUCGCCAGUACAUUCAACGUUGGGUUAAACCAGGAAUGACGAUGAUCGAAAUUUGUGAAGAAUUAGAGAAAACCGCUCGAAGUUUGAUUGCAGAAAAUGGUUUAAAAGCUGGAUUAGCUUUUCCAACCGGGUGUUCGAGAAAUCAUUGCGCCGCGCAUUAUACGCCAAAUGCUGGGGAUGCAACGGUGCUUGAAUAUGAUGAUGUUACUAAAAUCGAUUUUGGGACACAUAUCAAUGGACGGAUUAUUGAUUGCGCUUUUACAUUAACUUUCAAUCCAAAGUAUGAUAAAUUAGUUGAAGCUGUUAGGGAAGCUACUAAUACAGGAAUUAAAGCUGCUGGUAUUGAUGUUCAACUUUGCGAAAUUGGCGCUGCUAUUCAAGAAGUUAUGGAGUCAUAUGAAUUGGAGUUGGAUGGGAAAACUUAUCCAAUAAAGUCUAUUAGAAAUUUGAAUGGGCAUUCUAUAGCUCCAUACAGAAUUCAUGCUGGAAAAACAGUUCCGAUUGUAAAAGGGGGCGAAGCAACUGUAAUGGAAGAAAAUGAAUUUUAUGCCAUUGAAACUUUUGGUUCAACCGGGCGAGGUUUAGUUCACGACGACAUGGAUUGUUCUCAUUACAUGAAAAAUUUCGAGAUGUCAUAUGUCCCAUUAAGAUUACAAUCUUCAAAAGUCCUCUUAAAUACGAUCAACAAAAACUUUGGAACAUUGGCAUUUUGUAAACGUUGGUUGGAUAGAGCUGGUGCGACUAAAUACCAAAUGGCCUUGAAGGAUUUAUGCGAUAAAGGCAUUGUGGAUGCUUAUCCUCCAUUGUGUGACAUUAAAGGUUGUUAUACUGCUCAAUUCGAACACACAAUUAUGCUUAGACCUACUUGCAAAGAGGUUGUUUCUAGGGGUGAUGAUUAUUAAUUUAAUUAGUAAUUGACAUAUUUUGUAAAAUCGUUGCAAUAUUUUUGAUGUUGUACACUUUAAAGUAACAAUGUGGUCUUUUUUUAAUUGUAAUCAUAUACACCAUUUAGUUUUCUUUUUAUAACAGGUUAAAAUGAUGCUAUUUCCUUUUUUCUUUGAGUGUUUUUUUUUCUUUUCUGAAUUAUACCUUUAUAUGGUGCGAUGUUAAUUUUUAUUGUUAAUUAAACAAAAAAACUCGGUUAAUUUGUUAAUA